UCUUUUCACAACCGACAGCCCCGUAGCUAAAAAAAAAAAGAGUAAAUCAACUGCUGAACACAGAACGCUAACUUGGAUCAUCAACAAUUUAUUUAAUUCCCUUGCUAAUUGAAGAUGUUGCUUUUGUUGAGAUAAGCGGUUGUGUCAAGUUAUCAUUGCACGUAAUUAUAAAUAUUUAUCAGAGCUACAAGAAAAAUCACGAUGAGCAAAGAAAAUGGAAGCGGCGAUGCCGCUAAGAAGAAGACCAUCGAAGGUAUCUACCAGAAGAAGUCACAACUCGAGCACAUUCUGCUGCGUCCUGACACGUACAUUGGAUCCGUCGAGCCAGUAAAUGAGCUCAUGUGGGUGUUCGACAAAGAAAAAGAAAUGAUGGUACAAAAAGAAAUAAGAUAUGUGCCGGGAUUGUACAAAAUAUUUGAUGAAAUCCUCGUCAACGCUGCUGACAAUAAGCAGCGAGAUCCUAAAAUGGACACCAUAAAAAUAGAUAUUGAUUCUGACAACAACACAAUAUCCGUUUGGAAUAACGGCAAAGGUAUCCCGGUAGUAAUACACAAGGAAGAAAAUAUGUACGUACCUACAAUGAUAUUCGGUCACCUUCUGACCUCAUCAAAUUACGACGACGAAGAAGAAAAAGUAACUGGUGGCAGAAAUGGAUACGGUGCCAAGCUCUGUAAUAUUUUCAGUCACCGGUUUACCGUUGAAACGGCGUCCCGAGAGUACAAGCGGUCACUGAAACAGACCUGGGGAAACAACAUGGGCAAAGCCAGCGAACCGAGAAUCAAAGAUUUCUUUGGAGAAGAUUUUACCAAAGUCACAUUUUCCCCAGAUCUUAAAAAAUUCAAAAUGGAAACACUGGACAGUGACAUCGUCGCGUUGAUGUCACGUCGUGCGUACGAUGUCGCAGCAUCAGCACGUGGUGUAAAAGUUUAUCUGAACGGUACCCGGGUCCCAGUUAAAAACUUCAAGGACUACGUCGACUUGUACAUCAAAGGUAAAGAAGAUGAUGCUGGAAAUCCUCUGAAAAUUGCCUAUGAAGCCUGCGGACCGCGUUGGGAAGUCGCCGUCACACUUUCAGACAAAGGUUUCCAGCAGAUGUCAUUCGUCAACAGUAUCGCGACAACAAAAGGCGGCCGGCAUGUCGAUCACGUCACUGACAAUUUGGUAAAAAAUCUCACCGAGACCCUGAAGAAGAAAAAUAAAGGAGGGAUAACAAUAAAACCCUUCCAAAUAAAACAUCACAUGUGGGUAUUUAUCAAUUGUCUUGUCAAUAACCCGACGUUCGAUUCGCAAACAAAAGAACACAUGACACUUCAGCAGAAAUCAUUUGGAUCCAAGUGUGUUCUCAGUGACAAAUUCGUUACGACAAUAACCAAAAUUGGUAUCGUUGAGUCUGUCCUGACUUGGGCCAAAUUCAAAGCUGAUACCCAGUUACAGAAACUAGGACCCAAAUCGAAGCAGAGAAAAUUACAGGGAAUCCCCAAACUGGAGGAUGCCAACGAUGCUGGUACUGUCAGGUCACUCGACUGUACUUUGAUUUUAACUGAAGGAGACUCUGCCAAAACUAUGGUCAUAUCCGGGUUAGGAAUUAUCGGCAGAGACAAGUACGGAGUGUUUCCACUGCGUGGUAAAUUGCUGAAUGUCCGGGAGGCGACGCACAAACAAAUUUUGGAAAACGCUGAGAUAAAUAACAUCAUUAAAAUUUUGGGACUUCAGUACAAGAAGAAAUACGAAACUAAAGAAGACAUGAAGACUUUGAGAUACGGAAAAGUCAUGAUCAUGACUGAUCAGGACCACGAUGGCUCGCAUAUCAAAGGCCUGCUGAUCAAUUUUAUCCAUCACAACUGGCCGACUUUAUUACGCAAUGGCUUCGUUGAGGAAUUCAUCACUCCGAUUGUCAAAGUAACCAAAGGAUCGCAGAAAAUUUCUUUCUUCUCACUGCCCGAGUUCGAAGAAUGGAAGAAAGAAACCCCGAAUUUCCACUUGUGGAAACCAAAAUACUACAAGGGUUUGGGUACGUCAACGUCCGCUGAAGCCAAGGAAUACUUCAGUGACAUGAAACGUCACCUCAUUAAAUUCCGUUACGACGGUAACCAAGAUGACGAAAACAUCAUAAUGGCAUUCAGUAAAAAGUGUGUCGACCAACGUAAAGAAUGGCUGACUAAUUUUAUGGAGGAGACUAAAAGAAGAAAUGAAAUCGGUCUUGGUGAGAAAUUCCUCUAUCAAAAAGACACCAAAGCCGUUUCUUUCAGUGACUUCAUCAACACCGAGCUCGUUUUAUUCAGUAAUUACGAUAACGUCCGGUCAAUACCCAGUAUGAUUGACGGAUUCAAACCUGGUCAGAGAAAAGUUAUUUACACAUGUUUGUUGAGGAACGACAAGAAUGAAGUAAAAGUUGCCCAGUUGUCUGGAGCGAUCGCCGAGAAGACGGCGUACCAUCACGGCGAAGUCUCACUUCAGACGACGAUUAUUAAUUUGGCCCAAAAUUUUGUCGGGUCAAAUAACAUAAAUUUACUGCAGCCACGUGGUCAGUUCGGGUCCCGUUUAACUGGAGGUAAAGAUGCCGCCAGUCCCCGUUAUAUUUUCACGAUGCUCAGUCCGUUGGCGCGAUUCAUUUUCCACAAACACGAUGACGCUCUUCUGAAGCACGAGUACGAUGAUAAUAAAAAAAUAGAGCCUGUGUAUUACGUGCCCGUGAUACCGAUGGUCCUCGUCAAUGGGGCGGACGGAAUCGGCACCGGUUGGAUGACAAAAAUCCCCAACUACAACCCCCGGGAAAUAGUAGAAAAUUUAUACAGAAUGAUGGACGGCGGGGAGCCUAAACCCAUGAAGCCGUUCUACAAAGGCUUCAAAGGAACAGUCGACCCUUGCGGUGAGUUCCGUUACGUGAUUUCCGGCGAAGUCUCAGUCAUUGGACCCGAGAAAAUUCAAAUAACUGAGCUGCCGAUCGGCACCUGGACGCAGACAUACAAGGAGACGGUCCUGGAGCCGAUGCUCAAUGGCAAUGAUAAGACACCUGCUUUGAUAACCGACUACAAGGAAUAUCACACUGAUACUGAAGUGCAUUUCGUGAUUAGUGUCAACAGAGACAAGUUGGUCGAGCUGGAAAAAGACGGACUUCACAAAACUUUCAAGCUGCAGACAACGAUGCCCAUAACGUCCAUGUGCGCAUUCGAUGAAAAUCAAUGUCUCAAAAAAUAUGAUACUGUCAUGCAAAUAUUCCGGGACUUUUAUAAACUGAGACUUGAAUUUUAUCAUAAGAGAAAAAAUUACCUGCUGGGUAUGAUGCAGGCCGAGGCUGCUAAGUUGACUAAUCAGGCGAGAUUUAUAUUAGAAAAAUGCGAUGGUGAUUUGAUUGUUGAAAAUAAAAAGAAGAAGGACAUGAUUGCUGAGCUCGUUAGGAAAAAUUUCGACUCCGACCCGGUGAUUGCAUGGAAACUGCAGCAAAAUCGAGAAGAAGUUUUGGAAGAAAUCGCUGAGGCGCAAGAUGAUGAAGAAGCAGCCACUGCAGCGGCGGUUGAAAAGGAAAACUUUGAUUACUUGUUGGGCAUGACCAUGUGGUCGUUGACAAAAGAGAAGAAAGAUGAGCUGCUGAAACAACGAGAUGAGAAAGUGACUGAAGUACAGAGACUCGAAGGUAAAACGCCGAUGAGUUUAUGGCGCGAAGAUCUCGAUGCAUUGAUGGCUGAAAUGGACAAAGUAGAGGCUAAAGAAGUUAAAGACGAGGGAAAGAGUUCGAAGCUGAAUAAAAAACCUGCGAAAAUUCCAAAGUCUGAAAGUGUGCGUAAGAUAGAGCCGGUGGUAGACAAUGAGUUGAAGAAACGCAUUGAGAGAGCGGAUGCUGUGUCCAAGGACAAGAAAGAAGGCAUUAAAAAACAGCCGAGAGUUAAGAAAGAGGCGAAAGCAAAUGAUGACGCUGAUGAAAUAGACGCGAUGAUUGAAGAAAACGCGAAACCUCUGCACGAACGUGCUGGUAUUACGCUGGACAAAGUUGAUAAGAAGGGCGCGGGUAAAAAAGCUGGCAAGCAGACAACUUUGCCAUUCAAGCCGGUCAAGAAGGAGAAGAAGAGAAAGUCCAAGGGCAGCAGUGACUCUGAUGAAGACGUGUCUGAUGUUGACUUCGAAUCUGUCUCUCCCUCGCAGCCGGCGCAGCCCAGAACACCUAGAAGAGCUGCCGCUGCUAAGAAGAAGUACAAUUUGGACAGCGAGGAGUCCGAGAGCGACGCGGUGCUUUUGUCUUCAGAUGAUGAGACCAAGAAGAAGAAAUCGGCUCCUGCUCCCAAGCAACCACCGGCUAAAGUAACGUCCAUUGAGGACAGCGACUCGGAGAUGGAAUUCCAGCCGGAUAAAAAAAUACCCAAAGCCACAUCAUCACAUCCGGCUCUAAAUAGCGACGACUCUGAUGAUAAUUUUAAAUCUUCAUCGAAACCGGAACCUAAGCCCAGUUCUGAUGAACUUUUUGAUUCGCUCAUUGGAAACAAUACACCGGCUAAAUCAUCGGCCAACGUUUCCACUUCAUCAGAUAACUCGCCCGCGAAACCGGAACCUCCGGCGAAGAAAUCUCGCGCUCCGGCUAAAAAGAAGAACGAAAAUGCGAACGGCAAAGGGGUGAAGAGAACAGUAAAGAAAUUCCAGACUUCAGAUUCUGAUUCCGAUGAAAUGUUCUCUGACAAAGCUCCCACAAAGAAGAAAGCAAAAAAAGUUGAUAGUUCAUUAGACGAAUCACCAUCGCCGAGAAAAACAAGCGGACGGACUCGUAAAAUCGCUUCGUACGCAGACUCAGACUCCGAUUAAUUGAAACUCUAAAAAAAAAAAACUUUAUAAAUUACCCGAUAGAUUUAAGAUAAUUUUUAAAACUAAUUGACGUUUUCUUGAAACAAUUCGUUGUUAAUUACGAGAUAAAUUAGAAUUAGGAUAUAAAAAUUAAAAAAUUUUUAUAUAUCAUAUAUUUAAAUGUUGUCUCAACAUACGAAUAAGUUUAAAGAAACGUUAUCGUGUACAGAAUGCAAUCAAAUAUUUUAUUUGAUCAAUUAGAUUAAUCAAUAAUAACUUUUUUCUCACUAAUAAUCAACUAUAAUUUAAGAUUUAACUUGCAAUUAUUUUUUUUUAUUAAACAUUCGUCUAGUACAGUAUCUAUAAGUUAUUAAAUUAAAAAAUUUAUCCUCUAUAUUAUUGUUUUAAUUACAAAGUUAAAAAAAAAUUUACAUACCUUAUUAAUGUAAUUCAUUCCAUACUUGUUAAUUGAUAAGUUUAAAUUUCAUUAAUAAGUAAAUAAUUAUUUUUAAGAAAUAAAAACACUUAAGAUUUAAAUACUUACCGUUUUAAAUUUUCGUACUCGAGUUUUGUUAUUCAAAUUUGAAAAACAAAAAUUGUAUUUGUGUGUGCGCUGAGUGACUGCAUCGUCACUAAAAAAGUGAUAUAUUUAUAUUAAUAUGUUUUUUUUUAAAUACUCGAGUGAUUGUAAACUUAAACGAUAAAAUAAAUAUUAAUAAUUAACUUCA